CGGUCCUUGUAGUCUUGCUUCUAUUCCUUUCACAAAGUAGUUCUCUCUCUCCUUAAAUCUCUUCUCCAAAAUGUCUUUCUCAUGUGAUAUAAGUAUGCCAUCAUGAUACCUUUUGAAGAUCUUUCGAAUUUAACUUCAAAUGGUGUUCAAAAUAUUUUUGUUGCACCAUCCUCCACACCUCAAAUGGUAUUUCGAGAAGUCCUACCCUUUGAAAACCAUGAGAUACAGGCCCCUGUUGAUCCAAAAGGUAUUAUUAGCCCUAUGGAGGGCUCGAGUAGUACUAUACAUGAGGUACAGGCCCCUGUUGAUUUCUUUUACAAAGGCAAAAACAGCAGAGUUGAAGGCGAGGUGGCCAGAGAAUACAGACCGUGGAAACCCCGAAAACAUGCGGAUUGUAGUAUACCAACCGCCUCAAGAUGCUGACCCCAUGAAUAUGACACCAAACAUCCAUGUAGAACAAGUCCAAGACAAGCCGGCAAGAUCGCCGACCACGGUGAUCGAUGAGGACAUGGGUGUCAUUUGGACUUCCCAAAGAACUUUGGGAGGAUUUAAUGACGAGGAUGAGACAAGAUCAGCACCAAGGAAGAGAAAAGCUUCAGAUGCAGAAUGUGCCCCAAUCUAAAGAAAAAAACAGAAGCGAUGGAAGAAGCGGGAACAAGAACUGAGAUCGCCUAUAUGGAGGAGUGCGAGAUGAUUGCCCCAACUUGGAGGACACCGUGAUGUAUCUCUGUCCCAUUACCUGGUGAUCUCCAUGCAUGAGAUUUAAACGAGAAUGUGUUGAUUCAAAACUGUUAAGUUUUUUUACUUUCAGUUUUGUUUCAUCAUAAGACUAUAAUAUUUUGGCUACUUAAUAUUAUUGUCUAGUAAUAUUUCUCUGUUACUUGUAAUUAAGUGAAAGGCAUUAAGUACAUAUAUGUGAUAUGACGAGUUCAAUACUAA